AUGAGAUUAUUUUAUCUUAUUUUUUUUUUAAUUGUUUCUACAAUUAUUAAUGGUUGUAAUUCUCAAAUUCAAAAAAAUGAUUAUAAUUGUUUAAAUAAAUUGAUUGUUAAAAUUGCAAAUCUUUCAUUAUAUAAAUUAAAUAGUACAUCUAAACAAUAUGAUUAUUGUGGAACAAAAAAUAAUAACGUAAUAAAUUGUAAUUCAAAUGGAAGAAUAACAGAUAUUCAACUAACUCAUUUUGUAAACAAAGCAACUAAUUUAAUUUCAGCAAAUGAUUAUUAUUGUUUUCCUUUUUUAAAAUCAAUAGGUGUAGAUAGUUUUAGAAUUGAGAAAAAUUUUAUAUAUGGUCCUUUUCCUGAUACUUUAUAUAAAAGAAUUUUUUUAUUAAAUGGGGAUUUAUUAUCAGUAUUUGAUGUUGACACUGAAAUUGGAUUUAAUAAUACUAUUAAAAGAACAGAAAUUGAUACUUUUAGACUUGUUGGUGGUGUUGCUACAUCAUUAAACACUACAGUUUAUAUGUCAACAAUUUCACAUUUUAAAAAUAUUGAAUUUAUAUAUGGUACUGCAGUAAUUACAAAUAAAACCAACUUUAUAUUUGAAAAUGAUUUAAAUGAAAAUAAAAAAUCAUCAUUUAAAAAAAUUACUUCCUAUUGCUCAAAUAUACCACCAUUAAGUUAUAAUAAUGGAACUAUUAAUUUCGUUGAACUCACAUUUUUACCAAGUUUCGAUAAAGAAUCAGUUUCAAAUUUUUCAAGUUAUUCAAAUGUUUUGGAUAUUUAUUUAAAUUCAUGGGACCCGAAUCAAGUUUUCCCAUUUCCACUAGGUCUUGGUAAUAUUCCACCAAAUAAUAAAUUAAUUUAUAUAUACAUUAACUAUUUAAUUGAUAGCCCACCUCAUUUAAUUGACCUAUCAAACUUAGACUCAAACGAUAAAACCGAUUUAUAUUCUUAUAAUACAUUAACAUUGAAUAAUCCAGGUAAUCUUUUCAAUUUUAAUGGUAAAUUCCCAUUCUCUUCUCUUCAUAAAAAUUUAGUGAUUUUUGAUUUUAAUGAUGGUAAUUUUUCAGAAUUACCAAAAUUAGAAGAUGUUUUUAAAGAGGAAAUAGCUGUAAUUAAUUUGAAUAAUAAUAGUAUUGGAGGAAAUAUUCAAACCACAUUGGAUUUUAAUAAACUUCCAAAGUUAGCAACACUUAAUUUAAGAAAUAAUAGAUUAACAGGAUCAAUUGACGAAAGUUGGUGUAGAAUUAAUUUUGAUAUUAGUUAUAAUCUUAUUGGUGGUGAAGCUCCUAGUUGUAUGGUUUGUCAUUUUCAACAAAAUGAUUUAUCUAUUCGUGGAAUAAAUUUUACUAAUUGGAAUCCAAAACCACCAUGCACUUCAAUUAUUCCAAAUUUAAUGUACGAUAAUUCAACAAAACUAUUAUUAAUAUAUGGUCAAGAUAUUGGCGUUGCAAGAACAAAUUUUAAAAUAGAAAACUCAUAUAACUAUUCACCAUAUUGCAGUAUGCCUGGUUAUCCAGAUAUUAGAAAUAGACAAUUUUGUUUUAAAUACAUUGACACUGAUGAACCAAAUCCAUUUUCAUUUAAUAUUACAUACCCAAAAUUACCACCAGGUUCAAGAAAAACAUUUGAAUUGGCUGCUUAUAAUAUGUUUUUACCAUUGGUUAAUAAGGUUACAAUGAACUCCAAAGAAUCAUUAACAAUUGCUGGUAGAUAUUUCGCAUACAACAAAACAGUAAUUAAUGUUCAAGUUGAUGGCAAAAUCUGUAAUAUUGAAUCAUGUGAUUUUAAUGAAAUUAAAUGUAAAUUUUCAAAUGAUAAUAACAAUAAUAUUAAUGGUUUAAAUGUAUUUGUACAAAUUAUGAAUGUUUCAUCCCAAUUUUGUAUUUCCAAAUGUAAUGCAGCUGAUAAUUAUGAAUGUGAAUUUAAAUUUGAAAGAUGUAAUUGUAGUGAAGGAUGGGAAGGUGGUGACUGUAGUAUUAAAAUUGAGAACAAAUUAUCAAAUUCAAAUAGAAACAAUAUUUUAAAUACUACUAUAAUAUUUAUAGUUUUAAUUUUAAUACUAUCAUCAUUUUAA